GGCGGACCCCGAGACAAUCGACGACGUGCCCGUUGCACCAACCGAAGCGCCUGUUGUCGAGGAGGCAGCCAACUCUGUUGCAGACGUGGGCAAGAGAGAACGCCGAAAGCGGGGGUUUGGUGAUGCGCCUCUGGAAGAAAGGUCCAUUCUCUUGUGACCACGUGCUAAGCCACACGGUCAAGAGGAGCCAUUGCCAUCAUCGGGCUAAGUGCAUGCGCAUUGUGACAAAAUGCCUUCGGGCAAUGACUAAAUAACGAAUGUGUGUCCCUCAUUGUGUCUUGCAGCACUGAUGGGAGAUGAUCGAUACUAUGAACUUGCUGUACUACUUGUUUUGUUGUUUCUUUAUCUGCAAGUUUAGUGUUUUUCUACGCGUGUUUUUGCUUUGUAUUUCAGGAGACCCGAAUCUAAUACAGCUGCCUCCUUUGAUCACUGAAUUGACUCCAGACCAAGAGGAAAUGCUAGAGGAAGCAAAGAAAUAUUGCAUGGAACAGUCUGUGGCUCAUGUGUUGAGGAAACAAACGACCUCACAGCAGCAGAACAUGAUGGCUCUGCAGGAAGCUGCACAGAGGCAGAGGGCAUUGAUGCUUAUGUGCAGAAUCUAUGUCGGCAGCAUCUACUAUGAACUAAAGGAUGAGAACAUUAAAGCUGUUUUUACUCCUUUUGGUCCUAUUAGAAGCAUUGACAUGUCAUUUGACCCUCAGACACAACGUCACAAAGGAUACGCAUUCAUAGAAUAUGAAACUCCAGAAGCAGCUCAGAUUGCUCUUGAACAGAUGAAUGGUGUGGUUGUGGGAGGGAGAAACAUCAAGGUUGGAAGGCCUAACAAUGUUCCACAGGCUGCACCUGUCAUUGCACAGUUGCAUCAAGAGGCAGAAAAUUGGCACCGAGUCUAUGUUGGAUCAAUCCAUCCUGAUCUGAGUGAGGUUGAUGUCAAGAGUGUUUUUGAGGCAUUUGGGAGGAUUAAGUCUUGUGAACUUUGUCCUGAACCAUCCAGACCAAACCGUCACAGAGGAUAUGGCUACGUAGAAUAUGACAAUCGACAGUCUAAACUUGAUGCCAUAGCUUCCAUGAACUUGUUUGAGCUUGGUGGUCAGUACCUUAGAGUUGGCAAGGGAUUGACACCACCUCUUCCUUUUCCUGGUACUCCCGGUGCUAUUAAUCCUUUCGUAGCCGUAGCUCCACCGUCUGCUCCUACAACUCUUCCUCCAGCAGCGGCAGCUGCUGCUGCUGCAGUUACAGCAAAGAUUGCUCAGACAGAGCUAAGUGAACAGUUGCAUGGAGAACCAACUCACACAGUUUUGCGAAGAGAGCCUUCUCCGCCAAUUGCUGCUUUCUCUUCUCCACCAGCUGUUGUGCAGCCUAAAGUAUCUCCUGCCGAAGUAGCAGCCAAAGCUGCUAAGGCUGUUGCAAAUGCAAAGGCAUCUGCUGACAAAGUGUCUGCGUCUGUCAAGGCUGGACUUCCAGAAUCAGCCAGUCUGCAGGAAGAAGAAUCAAUGGAAAUCAAAGGUUCUAAUGCUCGAUUGAUGCUCAUGCAGAAGCUGUCAAGCAGACAAUUAGAGUCGUCUGUAAUGGUAUUGAAAAAUAUGGUUACUGCUGAUGAAGUUGAUGAGGAGCUUGAGGCUGAAGUCACUGAUGAGUGUGGGAAAUAUGGAUCUGUAAGGAAAGUUGUAAUAUAUCAAGAGAGACAGGGAGACGAAGAGGAUGCUGAAGUUAUAGUCAAGAUAUUUGUUGCUUUUAGUUCCAUGAGUGGAGCAGAGGCGGGUGUGAAAGCAUUAGACAGUCGUUGGUUUGGAGGCAAGAUGGUGAGAGCAGAACUGUAUGAUGAAGUGAAGUUCAAGGCAAAUCAGCUGUCAGACUGAGUGACUUUGGUUGUCUGUAACUAGUCAGGAUGUAGUUUCGGUUUGUACUGAAGCAAACUUUGCAUACAGUAUCUCCUUGUGAGUUUUACUCAUCUGUAAUUAUAACAAAGUUGUGGUAUUAGUAACUAA